CUGCAGAAGCACAUGGUUCUUCGGUGACCUACAGUCGCUCUGGCGGCGUGUGUAUAUGGGGUUUGCAGGCCUGCUGUGGAGGCGCCUGUCCUGGGCUUCCAGAAUGGCCGGUAUGGAGGCUCGAUCCCUCAGCACCCGCAAGAGAAAGAUGCCCAAGGAUACCAUGCGGCACAUCAAGAUCCGGGAGCAGCAGGGUGCGGGUGGCCGGUGUCCCCCGUACAAUGUCUACGUGCAGGUGGUGGCGGCCGGCGCCAGGGACUCGGGGGCCUCAUUCUACGUCUUCUCAGAGUACAACAGGUAUCUAUUUAAUUGCGGUGAAGGGAUCCAGAGAAUAAUGACCGAGCACAAGCUGAAGUUAUCGCAUCUUGAUAACGUGUUCGUGACACGAAUGAAUUGGGCAAAUGUUGGAGGUUUAUCAGGUUUGCUUUUGACUUUAAGAGACGUGGGGCGGCCCAACUGUGUGAUAUCUGGACCCCCUCAGCUGGAAAAAUUUAUUCAGGCCAUCAAAGGUUUUUGCGGCCCAAUGGAGGGCUUAAAAAUUGAUUUGCAACUGCACACCGAUCCCGCUUACAGUGAUGAGACCAUGAUUGUCAGCCAGGUGCCAAUCUGCAGUUCCACUACUAGAACACCAAACGGAAACCCUUCCUUUGUAAUAGCCUAUGUAUGCAAGAUUCGUGACCGGAAAGGGCAUUUCUUGGUGCUCAAAGCAAAGGAACUUGGCCUUCCAGUUGGGACUCCUACUAUUGGACAAAUCAUAACGGAUCUUAAGGCUGGGAAAAGUGUCAUCUAUGAAGGGAAAGAGGUGGUUGCAUCUGAAGUCCUGGGCCCUGAUGAGCCGGGCCCAACCUUUAUUGUGGUGGAAUGUCCCAGUGAAGACUUCAUAAAACCUAUCACAGAGAAUGAAACAUUCAAAAGGUUUCAAGAUUCACAGCCGGGAAGUGCAGCUGCUCUAGUAAUACAUAUGACUCCAGAACACAUUCUUAACCAGGGUUGCUAUAGGGAGUGGAUGGAAAGGUUUGGCCCAGGAACAGAGCACCUGCUUCUGAAUGAAAACUCUUCUGCUGUCCAUAACCUGAGAAGCUACAAGACUCAAACCCAGCUGCACCUUAUCCAUCCCAAAAUCUUUCCGCAGCUCCCUGAUCCCCGAAAGAAGGAGGAGGUUCCUGUUGUGCUUGGGGUAAGGGCAGAAUGUCUUCUUCAGUAUCGCCUUAGACCUAAACUUGAGUGGCAGAGAGACGCAGUUACAGAAGUCAGUUCUGCAGAGUUUGUGAAGGAAGCCAUUCAGCUCCCUGGUUUUGGAGACGCUCUGAAAAAAUGCAAGCUGCUUUUGGAGUCUGAUAUGACAGCAUCAAAUGAAGAUGAGAUUCCGUAUCCUGAAGUUGUGUUUCUAGGGACAGGAUCAGCCGUACCCAUGAAAACACGGAAUGUCAGCGCUACUCUGGUACAUGUCAGUCCCUCUCAAUCAUUAUUGCUGGACAGUGGGGAGGGGACAUUUGGCCAACUACAUCGUCAUUAUGGAGACCGCGUGGAUUAUGUUCUCAGCCAGUUGUCAGCAGUGUUCAUUUCCCACAUACAUGCUGAUCACCACACUGGCCUCAUCCGCAUACUACUGGAAAGAGAGAAGGCACUGAUCUCGCUGGGGAAACCAUUCAGUCCUAUACUGGUAAUUGGGCCAACAAUUUUGAUGUCCUGGUUAAAUCAAUACAAUGACAACUGCCAAGAGUUUCUUCACAAUAUCAACUUUAUUCCAUCAAGGGCUUUAAUGGAGGACUCAAAGGUUGACUCUCCCAAAGUUAAAGAUCUCAUUGCUACCCUUCUGAAGACUUAUCAGCUGGAAAAGUUUGAGACCUGUUUGGUCAAGCAUUGCAACAACGCUUUUGGUUGUGCUAUUGUCCAUCAGUCUGGCUGGAAACUGGUAUUUUCUGGUGACACCAUGCCUUGUGAUGCACUUAUUAAGAUGGGGAAAGAUGCCACUCUGCUAAUCCAUGAAGCCACUUUGGAAGAUGGUUUAGAAAAAGACGCAGUUGAGAAAGCACACAGCACAGUCUCACAAGCAAUUGCUGUCGGAAUGAGUAUGAAUGCAAAAUACACAAUGCUGAAUCAUUUCAGCCAGAGAUAUUCCAAACUGCCUAUUCUGGAUAAUGCCAUCAGUGACAAGGUUGGAAUCUCGUUUGAUCACAUGAGGGUUCGGUGGAGUGACUUCAAAACCAUCCCCAAGCUGAUGGGCCCUAUUAAAGCUCUGUUUGCUGAAGAUCUGGAAGAGCUGGAGGAACGGAGAGAGAAAAGGCAACUGCGUCACCAGGAAAUGGAGAACACGCAGGACAGCUCUAAGGCUGCUCCAUGCAUCAAGAGUGACCUGGAAAAUGACAGCAAAGCCGAAAGUGUUAAGAGGUUAAAAACGAACUGACCAAGUUCACGAAGUAAUGAGAUGCAGUCAAUGGUCAGGCAACUGACUGAGCAUGGCUCCUGGGCAGAACAGCGAGGAGAUCCCAACACCAGGGAUUCCUUAAAUGAGGCUACUGUGGAGAAGUCCUGUUGUUUAAAUGGCAGUACACAACUGACAAACAGAAGGUUGAAGGCUUUGGUAAUUGUCUUAAGCAACUGGUGCCAAAAAGAAUUUGUUAUAAGUAAUGUAAACAUGAAUUCCUUACUUUAUUUAAAAAAGGGGCUCCUGAAAUUAUUAAGUCUCCUACAGCUCUGAAAGAUGUUAGAGCAUGUAUAUUUUUGCAAUAAUCCCAAUUCCCACAUACCCCCAGAAUUUUUUACUUGUUGAGUUAACUGUGUGCCUGUAAUAUCAGAUUACAAAGCACACCUGUCUGUUGCUGUCAACUCUCUCCAGAAUGUGAGUGCAAGGAUGCUCAGUAGAUAAACCAUAACAUUAGAUUGUGUUCCUGCAAACCAGUGACUGACUUAAGCUGCAAAAUUGAAUUAUUUAUUUUUCCAGAAUGUAAAUUCUUUUUAUGUUUGGAGUUACUGGAUCUAAAAGCAUUUGGUAUCUUGCUCUUGAGUAAACGCAAUAAAUAUAUCAUAUUGGUUGCGA